AGACGUGUAGAGCGGAAAAAGAAAACACCUUGUCAAGGUACAGCAGCCGCAACGAAACAGAUUGUGUACCACUCAGUCUCCCAUCCGAGUUCAGCCAAGUUUAGAAUUUUAAGGUUAGAACGACUGUAUAUACUGGAAACGUUUUUUUUCCCCCACAACUGCCAUUGUUGCAUACAAGUAACCCAACUUUGACAUACUAGUAAGACGACUCCUAGGGAGGGAGAUGUUUGUGUACAUCGUCGCCGUGCUGGCCCUGUGGUUUGUCCACAGGUGGUUCAAGGAGUUGAAACGCGUGGCAAACAAGGGAGACAAACAUGUCUACAUCACCGGCUGCGAUAGCGGCUUCGGGCAUCUCCUGGCCACACAUUUGGAUAAGCUGGGCUUCUGCGUGAUCGCCGGCUGUUAUACCGAGAAGGGCGAAGAUGAGCUAAAGAAGGCCUCCUCUGACCGACUGACUACUCUUCAUGUGGACGUCACUAACUCUGCCAGUGUUGCACAAGCCGCUGCUCUCAUUGACGGUCUUGUCGGGCAGAAAGGACUGUGGGCCGUGGUCAACAACGCAGGCGUCGGUUUGCCGUCGGCCCCCUCAGACUGGCUCACGAUUGAAGACUUCAGGAGCAUGCUGGACGUCAAUCUGAUGGGCGUGAUCGACGUGACCCUGAGCGUCCUUCCUCUCAUCAAGAAGGCUCGAGGCAGGGUGGUGAAUGUGGCCAGCGUGUUCGGGAGGCUCAGCCCAUUCGGCGGCCCGUACUGCGUGUCCAAAUACGGCGUGGAGGCCUUCAACGACAGCUUGCGUUUGAACUUGGCGCCAUUUGGAGUCAAGGUUUUGUGCAUCGAGCCCGGCUUCUUCAGGACAAACAUCACCAACACGGAAGCGCUGGAAAAUAACCUGACGAAACUUUGGGACCGAUUGCCUCAGGAUGUCAAAGAUGACUACGGGCCAGACUUUUUGGAGUGUUCAUUUAAAGAGAUAUCGCAAAAAUUCAAAGUGCUGACCGACAGCAACCUGAUGAAGGUGGUCGGCUGCAUGGAGCACGCCGUGGCCGCCGUCCACCCGCGCACCCGCUACUCGCCCGGAUGGGACGCCAAGUUCAUCUGGCUGCCUCUGUCCUACAUGCCCACCCUCGUCACCGACAGCAUCUUCCUCAAAAACAGCCCCAGGAUUAAAGCGUCCGUGCUGUAGAAUACAAUGUGAGUCCUUUCCAUGUGGCAUUGCCACUUUUAUUUGAAUACUUAAGCAUUGUUAUACGUAUAUAUUAUGAGUCAAACUCAAGCCAGCGGUGAAAAUAAUCUUGACGGCCAUGCAUAUGAACGGCUGACAUAAUCGUGUCUGGUAGCAGUUAGUCGCAAUAUUGUGUCCUUAAAUUCAAAGCAAAUGCAAUAAUAUCACUUAUGUAAGCGCAGACAGCUGACCUCUCAUCCAGAGUCUGGAUCUUGGGCUGCUUUGCACGAGAUUAAUAUUCAACUGUUGUUAUUGGACUUUGGCCUGACGAGACUUGGGACUCGCGAAGGGGAGGGCCACGUAUGUGCCCGGCGACCAUUUCAGCUCAAUGUAUUGUAUAUCCGAAGCAUUUCAAGUCUAUAUUUUUUUGCAGUGCUGCAUAGAUAAGUCGUUUUAAAACUUUUUUGACCACUAAGUUUGUCCCGACUGAAUCGUGUCUUUGCACAAGUGUGCACACACCCGUUUAUAGCAUUCAAACUCAUGUUAAAUGGGAGUCAGCACACACAUGCCACUAUAUUUGAGUAUAUAUAUAUAUACAUAGAUGUUCUAGUAGGCUUUUUUGUCUUAUUUUUGCUUUCUCAAAGAAGUCUUUGUUUCAUGCUAAAACUGAGUGUGGCAUCAAACUGUUGGGAAUUCCUUUCAUCCUGACCACAGCCUCGGUUCCAGCUUCCAGAUUUGUCCUAAAUGCAUUUCAGAUGAUCCAAAAGGCUUUUCAACAUUAUUUUUUUGUUUUCACAAAUAAGCCUGAAGGUUUUGUUCUCACACAGACUACUAUUUUUAACUUUUCAUAAUCCCUUCCAUCUUGACUGCAGCUUCGGUUGCAGUGAAUUUACCCUAAAUACAUUUCAGAUGUUCCAGCAGCAGGUUUUUUUUCCGGACUUUUUUUGUGCUUUUUAGCAGAAGCCUCUAGGCUCUAUGGUGUUUUUUUUUUUUUUUUUGUGCUGAACAGUGAACCAUUUGUUUCAGAAAUGUCGUUUUAGAAUUGCAGUAUGAAAUUUUCAACCUUGCUUUCAUUGGCCCAUAACACAUUUUCCCUAAGAGGUUUUGAAAAAAAUUCAUCUUGGUCUCAAUUUUAUGUACAUUUAAAAAAAUAAAUUAAAAAAAAAAAUCGGCCCUUGGACUGGGUUGUAAACUUUUUAUAUCCAUUGUCUGGAGCAUGCACAAUGUAUAUCAAGAAAACAAAUAAACGUUUUUGUUAUAAGUGGA